AUGGAAAUCACAUUUCCCACUCUAGAAGAUUUCUCAUUCUUGUUCCCAGAAAUGGAAUCCAAUCUAAACUCAAAGAAAAGAAGUUACCCAGAAAGUUCACAAACUCAAUGGAACCACAGCAAUAACAUUUUCAAUGAUGAUACUGAUAGUAGUACAUUAAACAAUAUCCUCAGUUCUCUCAUUCAAUUCGACAGGCAAAUUCCAAAACAAGAACAACAACAAGCAACGCCAGUGAAAUCUAAUUCAAAUGAGUUGUAUCAGUUAGAUUUCGAACAGCCAGCUACAAAGAAAGCGCGUCACUCAGACGCGUCUGCCAUUGCAACGGCAACAACUGCAACUACUUCUUCAAUAGUGGGCCCACAGAGACGGUUAUGGGUUAAAAACCGUUCAAAAGACUGGUGGGAGAGCUGCAUCAGCCCUGAUUUUCCAGAAGAAGAAUUCCGGAGAUGUUUUCGGAUGAGUAAAUCAACUUUCGAAUUUAUCUGCAGAGAACUCGAUUCAGCUGUUACUAAGAAAAACACUAUGCUCCGCGACGCGAUUCCGGUGCAGCAGCGCGUGGCGGUUUGCAUCUGGAGGCUCGCAACCGGUGAUCCACUUAGAAUUGUUUCGAAGCGAUUCGGUUUAGGGAUAUCCACUUGUCAUAAACUUGUACUUGAGGUUUGUGCUGCGAUUAAGAAAGUUCUUAUGCCGAAAUUUAUUAGUUGGCCUGAUGAGAAAAACCUCAAGUUAAUUAAACAAGAGUAUGAGUCUCUUUCUGGAAUACCGAGUGUUGGUGGUUCAAUGUAUACGACUCAUAUUCCGAUAAUUGCACCUAAGUCCAAUGUGAAUUCUUAUUUCAAUAAGAGGCACACUCAGCGGAACCAGAAAACUUCCUACUCUGUUACCGUUCAAGGAGUGGUUGAUACGAGAGGGAUUUUCACUGAUGUUUGUAUUGGUUGGCCUGGUUCUUAUCCUGAUGAUCAAGUUUUGGAGAAAUCGGUUUUGUAUCAGAGAGUUAUGAGAGGGAAUUUGAAAGAUGUUUGGGUUGUUGGAAACUCUGGGUUUCCUUUGAUGGAUGGAAUUUUGGUUCCAUAUACACAUCAAAAUCUGACAUGGACACAACACGCUUUUAACGAGAAAGUUGGGGAUAUUCAGAAGGUUUGUAAAGAUGCGUUUGCGAAAGUGAAAGGUAGAUGGUCUUGUUUGCAGAAGAGAACUGAGGUGAAGAUUGAGGAUCUGCCUGGUGUUCUUGGUGCUUGCUGUGUUUUGCAUAAUAUUUGUGAAAUGAGGAAUGAGAAGAUGGAUCCUGAGUGGAGUUUUGAUCUGUUUGACGAUGAGAUGGUGGCGGAGAAUGGUGUUCGAUCUGCUGCUGCUGCUCAGGCGAGAGACAAUAUUGCUCAUGAUUUGUUACAUCGUGGCCGCGCCGGCACUACUUUUUUGUAG